AUGGCAUUCAGGGCGAAGGCAGGUGUGUGGCUGGUGGGGCCCUGUCUAUCCCUGAGAGGACCACGGACACUGGGCACCAGAGCCAUUGUGGCCCCUAAGGCGGUGCUGCCCUUCGAAGCCAUACCCCAGUGUCGCACCAACACCUGGAUGAAGAUGCUGCAGAUCUGGAAGGACCAGGGCUAUGAGAACCUCCACCUGGACAUGCAUCAGAACUUCCAGGAGCUGGGGCCAAUUUUCAGGUAUGACAUAGGAGGGACACAAAGGGUGUCUGUGAUGCUGCCGGAGGACGUGGAGAGGCUGCAGCAGGUGGAGACUCUGCACCCACGCCGGAUGUGCCUGGAUCCCUGGCUGGCCCACAGGCAUCACCGAGGGCACAAAUGUGGCGUGUUCUUGCUGAAUGGGCCCGAAUGGCGCUUCAACCGAUUGCGGCUGAACCCAGGAGUGCUGUCACCAAGAGCUGUGGAGAAGUACCUCCCCAUGGUGGAUAUAGUGGCAAGGGAUUUCACCCAGAUCCUGAAGAAGAAGGUGCUACGGAAUGCCCGGGAGGCCCUGACCCUGGACGUCCAGUCCAGCAUCGUCCACUACACCACAGAAGCCAGCAACCUAGCACUUUUUGGAGAGCGGCUGGGUCUCUUUGGCCAGAACCCCAGCCCAGCAGGCCUGAAAUUGCUCCAUGCCCUGGAGGCUAUGUUCAAAUCCACCGUUCAGCUCAUGUUCACACCCAGGAGCCUGUCCCGCUGGACCAGCACCAGGACGUGGGAGGAGCACUUUGAGGCAUGGGACUGCAUCUUCCAGCAUGCCAACAACAGCAUCCAGAAAGUCUAUCAGGAACUUGCACUCGACCGCCCUAUAUACUACAGUGGCAUUGUGGCAGAGCUGCUGUUGCAGGCAGAGUUGUCACCAGAUGCCAUCAAAGCCAAUGCUAUUGAACUCAUAGCAGGGAGUGUGGACACGACAGCCUUCCCUGUGCUGAUGACACUGUUUGAGCUGGCCAGAAACCCCCAGGUGCAGCAGGCCCUGCGCCAGGAGAGCCUGAAAGCUGCCCCUAGCAUCACUGACAAUCCUCAGAGGGCAAUGGUGGAGCUGCCCCUGCUGCGGGCAGCCCUCAAGGAGACCCUGAGGCUCUACCCCGUGGGCGCCACCCUGGAGCGAAUCCUGCCCUCAGACAUGGUGCUGCAGAACUACCACAUCCCCGCGGGGACACUGGUCCAGGUGUUCCUCUAUUCCCUGGGUCGCAACCCCGCCUCCUUCCCGAGGCCAGAGCGCUAUGACCCCCAGCGCUGGAUGGACAUCAAGGGUUCCAACACAAACGUCCGCCACCUGGCUUUUGGCUUUGGCGUGCGCCAGUGUCUGGGGCGGCGCCAGGCAGAGGUGGCGAUUGUGUUGCUGCUGCACCACGUGCUGAAAAACUUCCUGGUGGAGACUCUAAACCAAGAGGAUGUAAGGAUGACCUUCUGCUUCACAAUGAAAGCCACCAGCUUCCCUGCACUCAGCUUCAGGGUUGUCAGCUGA